AUGGACACAGUGAACGGGGUGGCGAGAUGCCCCUACGACCCGCGUCACAACUCCACUGCCAUGGUAACAGAGAAGGGCGAACUCUACGCCGCCACUGUCAUCGACUUCUCGGGUCGCGACCCCGUCAUCUACCGUAGCCUUGGUAACAUGCCGCCACUGCGAACAGCCCAGUACAACUCCAAAUGGCUCAACGGUAAACAUCCAUCUGUACCAUACACUCUUAGAAAAAAAGGUGCUAUCUAGAACCUAAAAGGGUUCUUCAGUUGUCCCCAUAGGAUAACACUUUUUGGUUCCAGGUAGAACCCAUUUGGUUCCAAGUAGAACCUUUUUAGGAUCCAUGUAGAAACCCUCUGUUCUACAUGGAACCUAAAAGGGUUCUACCUAUAACCAAAUAGGGUUCUCCUAUGGGGACAGCCGAAGAACCCUUUUGGAACCCUAUGUUCUAAGAGUGUAGGAAUAGAAUUACAAUUGGAUCCUGACUGUACUUCCUUCUUUGCUUCCUGGUUAUGGGUACAUUCAAUAUGGCUGCCGGUCCACCCAUCAGGGAACAUGGACUUGAUGGGAUAUUUCCAUUCUAGUAAUUAUAUUUCUAUGCCAGUACAUUACUGACAACAGCCAACUGUAACUGGCUAGAGGCUCUCCUUAUGUUCUAACAUUAAAGGAAUUCUAGAGAAUAAGUCAUAAUGCUAAUAGGAAAGUGUAAGGAAGAGAAAUCUACUGAUUCCAUGCCAAGAACAUCAUUGCUCACAUUCCUGCCGCUGCAUUAGCCGUUUGGAGCUGAAAUACCACAUCUCAUGUCUAACUUACACCUUCCCUCCAUCCCUCCCUAUCUUUCUCUAUUCCUCUCCUCCCUCCCUCUCCCUCCUUCCCUCCCCUUCUCCCUUCCUCUUCCUCCCCUCCCUCUCCCUCCUUCCAUCCCCUUUUCCCUUCCUCCCCCCUCCCUCCUUCCCUCCUUCCCUCUCUCCUCCAGACCCUCACUUUAUCUCAGUCUAUGAGGUGGGUCUCUUCACCUAUUUCUUCCUGAGAGAGAACGCGGUGGAACACGACUGCGGUCGGACCGUGUUCUCCCGGGUCGCCCGGGUCUGUAAGAACGACGUGGGCGGUCGCUUCCUAUUGGAGGACACGUGGACCACGUUCAUGAAGGCGCGGUUGAACUGCUCCCGGUCGGGAGAGAUCCCCUUCUACUAUAACGAGCUGCAGAGCACCUUCUAUCUGCCCGAGCAGGACCUCAUCUACGGCAUCUUCACCACCAACGUGUGAGUGAGAGUGACACACGUGCACACACAUACACACACACAGACACACACCUACACAGAAUGGACACACACAUUAUCAGUCAUACACACACAGGCACUUUUACAUUUACAUGUACAGUAUAGAUGUAGACACACACACAUAGACACACAUCUGCAAAACAACGUUUACUUUUCAUAAGGAGGACCUUUAAAACAGCACCAAUAAGUGAAUGACACCAGUAUUUAGUAGACACACACACACACACAACAGACACACAAGCACACUUACACACACCUUUAUUCUCCAUCUAUCCAGUCCCACUUUGAUUUAUUCACUCUAUUUACACAUUGCUGUAACAGCAUCCCGCUGAGGCUGAAGGUUUUACGGAUGCUAAGAAACAUAUUACAACGGGACUCCAACCCAGCGAGGCAAUCCUCUCGUAAUUUCAAGCUGUCUGGACAAAUGCUGAGAGGAGGGAAGUGAAAAUCACUUCUAGAGUAUUUUCUUCUCCUGUCUCUGUCUGUGUUGGUGGCCUUGGCUUAGCGACAGAGCAGAACCUUGUCUGGGAGAGACGCUUUAGUCUGCAGGAAGAAUGGUGCUGGAGGAUAACCAGUUAAGAACACUUCUGUGUGACUGUGAAACACUUCAAUCGUUUUCAAACUCAAAUGGUUGUGGAAAUCGAUUGCAGUGAACCAUUUGUGUUAGUUAACCCUAUCAGGUUUUGGGUUGCUGUCAGUCAGUCAGUCUGUCGGUCCUACUCUGUGCAAAGCCCAAAGCAUAAUAUCCCGUCCAGAAGCCCCUCUGCCAGUGUGUAGUCCCAUGUUCCUUAUCCUUGGUCUGUUCAGAACCAACACCCAGAAGCCCCUCUCUAAUAGCCUCAGUACCAGUAGUUAUAACAUACUAUAUUAGUGUCGUAGGCUUCUAUCCCCUCUACCUCUCCUCCUAGACCCUGUUAUUAACAUGAUGUAAACCUACACACUGCAGUACAGUCAGCCACAGUACAGUCAACUACAGUACAGUCAGCUACAGCAAACUACAGGACAGCCAGCUACAGUCAGCUACUGUCAGCUACAGUACAGCCAGAUACAGUACAGUCAGAUUCAGUACAGCCAGCUACAGGACAGUCAGCUACAGUACAGUCAGCUACAGUACAGCCAGCUACAGUACAGUCAGCUACAGUACAGUCAGCUACAGUACAGUCAGAUACAGUACAGUCAGAUACAGUACAUUCAGCUACAGUCAGCUACAGUACAGUUAGAUACAGUCAGCUACAGUACAGCCAGCUACAGUACAGUCAGAUUCAGUACAUUCAGCUACAGUCAGCUACAGUACAGUUAGAUACAGUCGGCUACAUUACAGCCAGCUACAGUACAGUCAGAUACAGUCGGCUACAUUACAGCCAGCUACAGUACAGUCAGAUACAGUCGGCUACAUUACAGCCAGCUACAGUACAGUUAGAUACAGUCGGCUACAUUACAGCCAGCUACAGUACAGUCAGAUACAGUCAGCUACAGUACAGCCAGCUACAGUACAGUCAGAUUCAGUACAUUCAGCUACAGUCAGCUACAGUACAGUUAGAUACAGUCGGCUACAUUACAGCCAGCUACAGUACAGUCAGAUACAGUCGGCUACAUUACAGCCAGCUACAGUACAGUCAGAUACAGUCGGCUACAUUACAGCCAGCUACAGUACAGUUAGAUACAGUCGGCUACAUUACAGCCAGCUACAGUACAGUCAGAUACAGUCAGCUACAGUACAGCCAGCUACAGUACAGUCAGAUUCAGUCAGCUACAGUCAGCUACAGUACAGUCAGUUGCAGUACAGUCAUACAGUACAGUCAGCUACAGUACAGUUAGAUAAAGUCAGCUACAGUCAGAUACAAUACAGUCAGCUACAGUACAGUCAGAUACAGUACAGUCAGCUACAGUACAGUUAGAUACAGUACAGUCAGAUUCAGUCAGCUACAGCCAGCUACAGUACAGUCAGAUGCAGUACAGUCAAAUACAGUACAGUCAGCUACAGUACAGUCAGAUGCAGUACAGUCAAAUACAGUACAGUCAGCUACAGUACUGCCAGCUACAGUACAGUUAGAUACAGGCAGCUACAGUACAGUCAGAUGCAGUACAGUCAAAUACAGUACAGUCAGCUACAGUACAGUCAGCUACAGUACAGUCAGAUGCAGUACAGUCAAAUACAGUACAGUCAGCUACAGUACUGCCAGCUACAGUACAGUUAGAUACAGGCAGCUACAGUACAGUCAGAUACAGUACAGUCAGAUUCAGUCAGCUACAGCCAGCUACAGUACAGUCAGAUGCAGUACAGUCAAAUACAGUACAGUCAGCUACAGUACAGUCAGCUACAGUACAGUCAGCUACAGUACAGUCAGAUGCAGUACAGUCAAAUACAGUACAGUCAGCUACAGUACUGCCAGCUACAGUACAGUUAGAUACAGGCAGCUACAGUCAGAUACAGUACAGUCAGAUACAGUACAGUCAGAUUCAGUCAGCUACAGUACAAUCAGCUACAGUACAGUCAGCUAUAGUACAGUCAGAUACAGUACAGUCAGAUUCAGUACAUUCAGCUACAGUCAGCUACAGUACAGUUAGAUACAGUCGGCUACAUUACAGCCAGCUACAGUACAGUCAGAUACAGUCGGCUACAUUACAGCCAGCUACAGUACAGUCAGAUACAGUCAGCUACAGUACAGCCAGCUACAGUACAGUCAGAUUCAGUCAGCUACAGUCAGCUACAGUACAGUCAGUUGCAGUACAGUCAUACAGUACAGUCAGCUACAGUACAGUUAGAUAAAGUCAGCUACAGUCAGAUACAAUACAGUCAGAUACAGUACAGUCAGCUACAGUACAGUCAGCUACAGUACAGUCAGCUACAGUACAGUCAGCUACAGUACAGUCAGCUACAGUACAGUCAGAUACAGUACAGUCAGCUACAGUACAGUUAGAUACAGUACAGUCAGCUACAGUACAGUUAGAUACAGUACAGUCAGAUUCAGUCAGCUACAGCCAGCUACAGUACAGUCAGAUGCAGUACAGUCAAAUACAGUACAGUCAAAUACAGUACAGCCAGCUACAGUACAGUUAGAUACAGUACAGUCAGAUUCAGUCAGAUUCAGUCAGCUACAGUACAGCCAGCUACAGUACAGUCAGAUGCAGUACAGUCAAAUACAGUACAGUCAGCUACAAUACAGUCAGCUACAGUACAGUGAGAUACAGUACUGCCAGCUACAGUACAGUUAGAUACAGGCAGCUACAGUACAGUCAGAUACAGUACAGUCAGAUUCAGUCAGCUACAGCCAGCUACAGUACAGUCAGCUACAGUACAGUGAGAUACAGGCAGCUACAGUCAGAUACAGUACAGUCAGAUACAGUACAGUCGGAUACAGUACAGUCGGAUACAGUACAGUCGGAUACAGUACAGUCAGCUACAGUACAGUCAGAUACAGUACAGUCAGAUACAGUACAGUCAGAUACAGUACAGUCGGAUACAGUACAGUCGGAUACAGUACAGUCGGAUACAGUACAGUCAGCUACAGUACAGUCAGAUACAGUACAGUACCCCUGUGCUUCCUUUCAUACCUGUAUUAAUGGUCCUAUUGAGAGAGAGAGCAGUGGUAUCAGUUUGGGCCCAUCUCACUGGCACAAGCACUCUUCUGUCUGAGGUCCACUUUGGGCUCACCCAGGGCAGAGCUAAAAGGCUUGUAAACUCUGAAGUAUUGAGAAAGACAUCUUAUCCCAGUCGCACAGACAAAAGACAGGCUACAAGGCCUUCAAGCGAUAGUGAUCUCAGGUAUCCUCCAGGGAUAACAGAUAGAAACUGUCUCUGAAAUAACUUAGUGAUGAAGAUGUGGUGUGUCUUGAUCUGUGCCUGGAUCUUAUCCGAUUCUGAGGGUUUUACCAUAUAAAUAGAAUCUAUAGAAAGGGCUUGGAACCUCUAACCCCGGCAAUUUGACUGGUACAUGGGUACACUCGCAAUAGCUGCCAGUCCACCCAUUAUGCCAUCAUUGACUUGAAUGUUCUAUAGAUUCUAUUUCUACAAGUUUUGCCUUGUGUGUCGGUUGCAGUUCCUUUUCUACUUACCCUUUCACUCCUUUUACCAGUAAAUACUUUGUCUGUUUUGUAGCUGAGAGGUUUGAAUGACUAUGAGGAUUGUUUAAGGCGGCUGAGAGCACUGGAGCAUUAUCCAAUUAUUAUCCAAUUAUGUGCCAUAUUACACCUUAUAUUCAUAGUGAUGAUGACUAUUAUAUAAUUGAUAGAUAAAUGUCUCUAUAUAUUGUAGACAUCAUUACGCUCUCUUUUGAACUAAGAAUAUAAGAAGGUCUUACACAUCAAUUCAGUUCUUUAUGAACAGUUUUUUCCUGUAUCAAAUAGGCUGCUGUAUUUUUCCUGCUGAUGUACAUACAGUGAGGGGAAAAAAGUAUUUGAUCCCCUGCUGAUUUUGUACGUUUGCCCACUGACAAAGACAUGAUCAGUCUAUAAUUUUAAUGGUAGGUUUAUUUGAACAGAAUAACAACAACAAAAAUCCAGAAAAACGCAUGUCAAAAAUGUUAUAAAUUGAUUUGCAUUUUAAUGAGGGAAAUAAGUAUUUGACCCCUCUGCAAAACAUGACUUAGUACUUGGUGGCAAAACCCUUGUUGGCAAUCACAGAGGUCAGACGUUUCUUGUAGUUGGCCACCAGGUUUGCACACAUCUCAGGAGGGAUUUUGUUCCACUCCUCUUUGCUGAUCUUUUCCAAGUCAUUAAAGGUUUCGAGGCUGACGUUUGGCAACUCGAACCUUCAGAUUUUCUAUGGGAUUAAGGUCUGGAGACUUGCUAGGCCACUCCAGGACCUUAAUGUGCUUCUUCUUGAGCCACUCCUUUGUUGCCUUGGCCGUGUGUUUUGGGUCAUUGUAAUGCUGGAAUACCCAUCCACGGCCCAUUUUCAAUGCCCUGGCUGAGGGAAGGAGGUUCUCACCCAAGAUUUGACGGUACAUGGCCCCGUCCAUCGUCCCUUUGAUGCAGUGAAGUUGUCCUGUCCCCUUAGCAAAAAAACACCCCCAAAGCAUAAUGUUUCCACCUCCAUGUUUGACGGUGGGGAUGGUGUUCUUGGGGUCAUAGGCAGCAUUCCUCCUCCUCCAAACACGGCGAGCUCGAUUUUGGUCUCAUCUGACCACAACACUUUCACCCAGUUCUCCUCUGAAUCAUUCAGAUGUUCAUUGGCAAACUUCAGACGGGCCUGUAUAUGUGCUUUCUUGAGCAGGGGACUUUGCGGGCGCUGCAGGAUUUCAGUCCUUCACGGCGUAGUGUGUUACCAAUUGUUUUCUUGGUGACUAUGGUCCCAGCUGCCUUGAGAUCAUUGACAAGAUCCUCCCGUGUAGUUCUGGGCUGAUUCCUCACCGUUCUCAUGAUCAUUGCAACUCCACGAAGUGAGAUCUUGCAUGGAGCCCCAGGCCGAGGGAGAUUGACAGUUAUUUUGUGUUUCUUCCAUUUGCAAAUAAUCGCACCAACUGUUGUCACCUUCUCACCAAGCUGCUUGGCGAUGGUCUUGUAGCCCAUUCCAGCCUUGUGUAGGUCUACAAUCUUGUCCCUGACAUCCUUGGAGAGCUCUUUGGUCUUGGCCAUGGUGGAGAGUUUGGAAUCUGAUUGAUUGAUUGCUUCUGUGGACAGGUGUCUUUUAUACAGGUAACAAACUGAGAUUAGGAGCACUCCCUUUAAGAGUGUGCUCCUAAUCUCAGCUCGUUACCUGUAUAAAAUACAUCUGGGAGCCAGAAAUCUUUCUGAUUGAGAGGGGGUCAAAUACUUAUUUCCCUCAUUAAAAUGCAAAUCAAUUUAUAACAUUUUUGACAUGUGUUUUUCUGGAUUUUUGUUGUUGUUAUUCUGUCUCUCACUGUUCAAAUAAACCUACCAUUAAAAUGAUAGACUGAUAAUUUCUUUGUCAGUGGGCAAACGUACAAAAUCAGCAGGGGAUCAAAUACUUUUUUCCCUCACUGUACAAAGGGCUUUAUAAAUACAUUUGAUGGAUUGGAUUGAAAAAAGUGGAGGGCGCUCAACCAACGUGAGUUGUGGUGCAACCCAAAAAUGUGAUCAUCAUUGAAAAGGAAAAGGCACAACGCUCACCGUUAAAAACAGCAUUGAUUGAUUCACUGCCAUGGCCUCUGAGUCACGGUUUCCUUACGUCUCCUCCUAACAGGAACAGCAUCUCUGCGUCGGCUGUGUGUGCGUUCAACCUCAGCGCCAUCACCCAGGCUUUCAACGGACCGUUCCGUUAUCAGGAGAACCCUCGUACCAGCUGGCUCUCCACCCCCAACCCCAUCCCCAACUUCCAGGUAGGGGACUAUCCAAAGUCUAGUGUCUGGUCUUAUUUUCUACUAGAUUCCUUAUUUCACUGCUUCCCAGCCCUCUACUCGGGGACCAAAAUGUUUCACAUAAGUCUUGUAGCUCUGAAAUAGCACACCUGAUUCCACUAGUCAUGACUCAAAUGAGCCUUUCAUCACACCUCAUUCCACUAGUCAAUGACUCAAAUGAUCCUUUCAUCAAGCUCCACCCUGUGAUCUCUGUUUAUUGCAAAAUAAAUCAGUAUAAUUUAGGAAACGAAUCAAAAAGUUGUCCUUCCCUGUCCCCCUUGUCUGUCCCCUCAGUGUGAUACCCUGGAGGAGCGUGGUCCAGGGGAGAACCAGACGGAGCGCAGCCUGCAGGACGCCCAACGUCUCUUCCUCAUGUCUGACGUGGUGCAGCCCGUCUCCACCGACCCCCUCCUGCACCAGGACAACAUCCGCUUCUCCAAGCUGGUGGUGGACAUCGUGCAGGGCCGAGACACCCUCUACCACGUCAUGUACAUUGGCACUGGUGAGUCAACGGGAGGGAGGGAGGAAGGGAGGAGGGAGGGAGGGAAACGGAAGCUAGAUGUCUCAUUUUGUCUGUUUGUCCAAUAAGAAUACGGCACCAUCCUGAAGGCCCUCUCCACGACCAAUAAGAGCCUGCGGGGGUGUUACCUGGAGGAGAUGAGGCUCCUCCCCGAGGGCGAAAGUGAGCCAAUCAGGAGCCUUCAAAUCCUCCACAGCGAUAGGUCGUUGUUUGUGGGGCUGAGCGACAGGGUGCUGAAGAUCCCACUGGAAAGAUGCUCCAGCUACAAAACUGAACGGUAAGAAGACCAUUCCCACACACCCUCUUCAAUACCCCACCACUUAAAAGGCUGCAGUUCAAUCAAAACCUGCGUUUGCAAUGUUUACAAAGUGUCUUUGUUUAUAAACUACUUCCUGUACACUUCUUCUGGAAAAUGGAUCUACUGGUGAGGGCAAAGUCCAGAAGAUCACAAUAAUAUUCUAUCAGUAUUCUACUCGAGGCUAAUCAUCUUAGUGACAGUUAAUUGGAAAGAAGCCAAAUCUUCUGCCCUCCAGCCUAGCAGGGUCUGACUGAUCCAGACAGGAAGUAGUCAAGUGCAGGAAGGGUGGCGUUAUGACUAUUAUGACUACUGAUAUAUGAGGUCUCCUACACCCCACAGCCCCCCGUAGCUUCCACAGGACCUCAGACACACAAUGAUAUCACACCUUACUGUACAGUAUGAAGAAUGGUGGUGUUAUGACUAGAAUGAUGUCUCACCUUACUGUACAGUAUGAAGAAUGGUGGUGUUAUGACUAGAAUGAUGUCUCACCUUACUGUACAGUAUGAAGAAUGGUGGUGUUAUGACUAGAAUGAUGUCUCACCUUACUGUACAGUAUGAAGAAUGGUGGUGUUAUGACUAUAAUGAUGUCUCACCUUACUGUACAGUAUGAAGAAUGGUGGUGUUAUGACUAUAAUGAUGUCUCACCUUACUGUACAGUAUGAAGAAUGGUGGUGUUAUCACUAUAAUGAUGUCUCACCUUACUGUACAGUAUGAAGAAUGGUGGUGUUAUGACUAGAAUGAUGUCUCACCUUACUGUACAGUAUGAAGAAUGGUGGUGUUAUCACUAUAAUGAUGUCUCACCUUACUGUACAGUAUGAAGAAUGGUGGUGUUAUCACUAUAAUGAUGUCUCACCUUACUGUACAGUAUGAAGAAUGGUGGUGUUAUCACUAUAAUGAUUACUGAUAUAUAAGGUUUCUUACACUCCUGUAGCUUCCAUAGGUUCCACUUCCUGUCCACCUCUAACAGCCAAUGCCACGACACUUCACAAUACAUACACAGUGUUAUGAAUACUGAUAUAUGUGGUUUAAUAUAUAUUAAUUCUAAAUGAAAUUGAGAAAAAAUGAUUGGCCUAGACUAAAUUAUUCAAAAUUCUAAUUAACUUGGUUGGAGGCAAUUGUUCUCAUUUCCUGUGUAAUUUAUCUCACCUGUGGUAGGUUGCAGGUGCCUGCUGGGUAAAAAUAGCAAUUGAACGAGUUUUGAAAAGAAAAAACAGCUCAUUCUACUCAAUUGCACUCCUUUUGUAAAGUGCAAUGUGCCAACAUUUGAGCACAUCAGUAAGUAACCAAUCCAGCUGAGGCUUCCUGUAAUUACAUUUGACCUCUCCUAUUGGUUGGAUCCCUGCUAGCUCCUUGUGAACACUGCCCUCUGUCUCUCCCGGUGCUAGUGGGGAAGAAACUAAUUUCCUCUGGUUCUGGCGGCAGACUGGAGCCAGUAGGCUGGGCUAGCAGUCUGGGACGGUGUUGCAAUGCCAGCAGAGGUUUUCUGUGCGAUCCAUCAUGCUCACCUGUCAGAAGAAGAAGAAGGAAGAGGGGAACAGGAAAUAAAUACAGUCAGGGAAAGAGAGCGAGGGUUGUUGUUGUGAGAAAAAGAGUGAACUGACCAGCUCCCUAACUGACUGGACAUAGAUGGAUGUUAACGUUAAUGGCAUCCCAUUACUGCAAUAGAUUAAGUAGUUGGAAUGGUGAUUGCAUGUAUCCUACCCCUAUUUUACAUACCAUCCUGUGUAAUAACAUAUCAGGAUGAAAUGUAAUAUCAUGUAUAUUAUAUGCUAUAAUAUUGGGAGGGGGAGAAUAAUUGUGUAUUUCAUAUUGAUGGGGAUGGUGCCACAGGACUGUAUAGAAACCUCUGUUACAGUCUCAGACAGUAACCUUCAGUGCAGUCAGCUAAACACCAUGUCAGGAACCACCUAGCCUAGCCACUCCCUUCCAACCCCAUGUCAGGAACCACCUAGCCUAGCCACUCCCUUCCAACCCCAUGUCAGGAACCACCUAGCCUAGCCACUCCCUUCCAACCCCAUGUCAGGAACCACCUAGCCUAGCCACUCCCUUCCAACCCCAUGUCAGGAACCACCUAGCCUAGCCACACCAUUCCAACCCCAUGUCAGGAACCACCUAGCCUAGCCACACCAUUCCAACCCCAUGUCAGGAACCACCUAGCCUAGCCACUCCCUUCCAACCCCAUGUCAGGAACCACCUAGCCUAGCCACUCCCUUCCAACCCCAUGUCAGGAACCACCUAGCCUAGCCACUCCCUUCCAACCCCAUGUCAGGAACCACCUAGCCUAGCCACUCCCUUCCAACCCCAUGUCAGGAACCGCCUAGCCACACCCUUCCAACACCAUGUCAGGAACCACCUAGCCUAGCCACUCCCUUCCAACCCCAUGUCAGGAACCACCUAGCCUAGCCACCAUUCCAACCCCAUGAACCCCAAUGUGCCCCAGGUUACAUUUUCUCUCGCUGCGUGUGGAGACAUUUCGGCUCUACAGAUCAGAGUUACGAGCUGCGUGUGGAGACAUUUCGCUCUACAGACCAGGGUUACGAGCCACGUGUGGAGACAUUUAGGCUCUACAGACCAGGGUUACGAGCUGUGGGUUAUUUGUUUUAUAGUUCUGAAAGAAACUGUUUCCUUCCCUCCCCCUAAGGAUAAAUAAUCACAGUAAUACACUUGGCAAAUUGCAAUAUUAGUGGCUUGACUUGCAGCCACACAGGGAAACAUUGUAUUACAUGCAUAAUGGAUGAGAGAGAGCCCUAUCUUACUGUGUAGUAGCUAUAAUACUAUAAUCUAUGGUAGUUAUCGGCCAAGUGGGUUUAGCUAGUGUGUUAGGCUCUUAAUAUCUCAAAGAGCUCCUUGGUUACCUUCUGUAUAGCAGAACUGUGAGGGGAGUAGAAUGGGGAAGUGGUUAACUGUGAGGAGAGUAGAAUGAAGAAGUGGUUAACUGUGAGGAGAGUUAACAGCGAGAGAAAAUGUUGUUCUCCGCUAACAUCAAGGCGGUGACCCGAUCCUGUAGGUUCAUGCUCUACAACAUUCGGAGAGUACGACCCUGCCUUACACAGGAAGCGGCACAGGUCCUAAUCCAGGCACUUGUCAUCUCUCGUCUGGAUUACUGCAACUCGCUGUUGGCUGGGCUCCCUGCCUGUGCCAUUAAACCCCUACAACUCAUCCAGAAUGCCGCAGCCCGUCUGGUGUUCAACCUUCCCAAGUUCUCUCACGUCACCCCGCUCCUCCGCACACUCCACUGGCUUCCAGUUGAAGCUCGCAUCUGCUACAAGACCAUGGUGAUUGCCUACGGAGCUGUGAGGGGAACGGCACCUCCAUACCUUCAGGCUCUGAUCAGUCCCUACACCCAAACGAGGGCAUUGCGUUCAUCCACCUCUGGCCUGCUGGCCCCCCUACCUCUGCGGAAGCACAGUUCCCGCUCAGCCCAGUCAAAACUGUUCGCUGCUCUGGCACCCCAAUGGUGGAACAAGCUCCCUCAUGACGCCAGGACAGCGGAGUCACUCACCACCUUCCGAAGACGCUUGAAACCCCACCUCUUUAAGGAAUACCUGGGAUAGGAUAAAGUAAUCCUUCUACCCCCCCUUACCCCACCCCACCCCCCAAAAAAAACAUAUUGUAAAGUGGUUAUCCCACUGGCUAAAAGGUGAAUGCACCAAUUUGUAAGUCGCUUUGGAUAAGAGCGUCUGCUAAAUGAUGUAAAUGUAAAUGAGUAGAAUGGGGAAGUGGUUAACUGUGAGGAGAGUAGAAUGGGGAAGUGGUUAACUGUGAGGAGAGUAGAAUGGGAAAGUGGUUAACUGUGAGGAGAGUAGAAUGGGAAAGUGGUUAACUGUGAGGGGAGAAGAAUGGGGAAGUGGUUAACUGUGAGGAGAGUUGAAUGGGAAAGUGGUUAACUGUGAGGAGAGUAGAAUGGGGAAGUGGUUAACUGUGAGGAGAGUAGAAUGGGAAAGUGGUUAACUGUGAGGAGAAUAGAAUGGGGAAGUGGUUAACUGUGAGGAGAGUUGUAUGGGAAAGUGGUUAACUGUGAGGAGAGUAGAAUGGGGAAGUGGUUAACUGUGAGGAGAGUAGAAUGGGGGAAGUGGUGGGUGAUGGAGAUUGGGAUUGGGGGGAAGAGGGGGAAGAGGGGUGGAGGCUGGGGUUGGAGAGUAGUUUUCUGCAAAACUGUAGGGACUUUGUUGGGUUUUUCCUCCCAGGAUCUACACACAUGCGCACGCACGCACACACAAACAAACACACACAACAAACAAACGCGCAUGCACACACACACCCUGGCACAUAAUAAUGUGUGCAACACAUAAACCCUACGAACACACCCCUGCACCCCUCCCAUCCCUCUCAGACAACCAUUAUUUACUGCAGUCCGUAGCCGCCAGCCCGUCAGCAGGGUGCUCAACACAGUUGCCUGCUAAACUGCCUGCUAAACUGACAUUACUGCUGAUUAUCAGGAACUGAUCUGGCAAGUAUUUAUUGAAGGGGAGUGUUUUGUUGGUCACGCUCCCCUAUGCAGAAUACCAAUAAGUCCUAGGUAGGCUGGUGUUAGUGCAUUGAUAUUCCAUUCAUCAGAUCAGAUUGUAGAUGGGUUAGUCCCAAAUAGCACCCUAUUCCCUAUAUAGUGCACUACUUUUGAUGAGGGCCAAUGGGGCUCUGGUCAAAAGUAGUGUACUAUACAGGGAAUAGGGUGCUAUUUGGGACAGAGCCAAUGUCUUGAACAAAGCACAGAUACAAGGGAACAGGGGAUACAGAGACCGCAAAUAAUCAAACAACCUAUAAAAUGCUGACACAAUGUUGACACUAUCUCUUCCUCUCCAUAAUUCAAGGUAGACAGACAGUACAUUGCAUGGCUUUAUGUAGGGAAAUACUGUCCUUUUAUGGAAAAAGUUGGUCUGCUUUUUUACCAAGAAAAGCAGGUUGGGGACAGAUGUUCUUUUGGUUGACGAUGACAAUAUCCCUAAGGUGAUCUUCCUUUAUGGGUCCUGCUUAGUAUGUGACUAUUUCACUUGAAGUAAUUAGAGAGAAUUACCAUGCAGAGGACGAUAUCCUCUCUAGGUGUUGCUAUUGGCUGGGUCUCAAAUGGCACCCUGUUUCCUUUUAUAGUGCACUACUUAUAUAGUGCACCCUUUAUAGUGCACUACUACCUUUGACCAGAGCCCCCACUAUAUAGAAAAGAAGGUACCAUUUGGGAUGCAACCAUUCCCUCUGUCUGAGAUAUCACCUGAAAUGAGCUCCAACCAUUUUUUUUAAACAUUUGUACAUUUUUAGUCAUUUAGCAGACGCUCUUCUCCAGAGCGACUUACAGUUAGGAGUGCAUACAUUUUCAUACUGGCCCCCGUGGGAAUCGAACCCACAACCCUGGCGUUGCAAACGCCAUGCUCUACCAACUGAGCUACACGGGACAAGAUCAUGUUGAGGCAGAUUCAUAACACCAUGUUGAGGCAGAUUCAUAACACCAUGUUGAGGCAGUUUCAUAACACCAUGUUGAGGCAGUUUCAUAACACCAUGUUGAGGCAGUUUCAUAACACCAUGUUGAGGCAGUUUCAUAACAUCAUGUUGAGGCAGUUUCAUAACAUCAUGUUAAGGCAGUUUCAUAACAUCAUGUUGAGGCAGUUUCAUAACAACAUCAUGUUCUGGCAGUUUCAUAACCACAUCAUGUUCAGGCAGUUUUAUCUCUGAAAUUGCUUGUCAAAAGUGAAGAAAGGAACCAUUCACAAGAUAACAAUGGGACCAUUUCAUGUAUUUCUGCAUUUGUGUUUACUGUACGUGAUAUGUGGGUGUUUCUGUACUUUGGACAGACAUUUUGGGACAAGGGAGAUGUUGGGGGGGGGAAGAGGGGUGGAGGCUGGGAUUGGGGGGAAGAGGGGUGCAGGCUGGGGUUGGAGAGUAGUUUUCUGCAAAACUGUAGGGACUUUGUUUGGUUUUUCCUCCCAGGAUCUACACACAUGCGCACGCACGCACGCACGCAUACACACACACACAAACAAACGCACACGCACACACACAACACACCCUGGCACAUAAUAAUGUGUGCAACACAUAAACCCUACGAACACACCCCUGCACCCCUCCCAUCCCUCUCAGACAACCAUUAUUUACUGCAGUCCGUAGCCGCCAGCCCGUCAGCAGGGUGCUCAACACAGUUGCCUGCUAAACUGCCUGCUAAACUGACAUUACUGCUGAUUAUCAGGAACUGAUCUGGCAAGUAUUUAUUGCAGGGGAGUGUUUUGUUGGUCACGCUCCCCUAUGCAGAAUACCAAUAAGUCCUAGGUAGGCUGGUGUUAGUGCAUUGAUAUUCCAUUCAUCAGAUCAGAUUGUAGAUGGAUUAGUCCCAAAUAGCACCCUAUUCCCUAUAUAGUGCACUACUUUUGAUGAGGGCCAAUGGGGCUCUGGUCAAAAGUAGUGUACUAUACAGGGAAUAGGGUGCUAUUUGGGACUGAGUCAAUGUCUUGAACAGAGCACAGAUACAAGGGAACAGGGGAUACAGAGACCGCAAAUAAUCAAACAACCUAUAAAAUGCUGACACAAUGUUGACACUAUCUCUUCCUCUCCAUAAUUCAAGGCAGACAGACAGUACAUUGCAUGCCUUUAUGUAGGGAAAUACUGUCCUCUUAUGGAAAAAGUUGGUCUGCUUUUUUACCAAGAAAAGCAGGUUGAGGACAGAUGUUCUUUUGGUUGACGAUGACAGUAUCCCUAAGGUGAUCUUCCUUUAUGGGUCCUGCUUAGUAUGUGACUAUUUCACUUGAAGUAAUUAGAGAAUUACCAUGCAGAGGACGAUAUCCUCUCUAGGUGUUGCUAUUGGCUGGGUCUCAAAUGGCACCCUGUUUCCUUUUAUAGUGCACUACUUAUAUAGUGCACCCUUUAUAGUGCACUACUACCUUUGACCAGAGCCCCCACUAUAUAGAAAAGAAGGUACCAUUUGGGAUGCAACCAUUCCCUCUGUCUGAGAUAUCACCUGAAAUUAGCUCCAACCAUUUCAAAACAAGAUCAUGUUGAGGCAGAUUCAUAACAUCAUGUUGAGGCAGUUUUAUCUCUGAAAUUGCUUGUCAAAAGUGAAGAAAGGAACCAUUCACAAGAUAACAAUGGGACCAUUUCAUGUAUUUCUGCAUUUGUUUACUGUAAGUGAUAUGUGGGUGUUUUGUACUUUGGACAGACAUUUUGGGACAAGAGAGAUGGUGAUAUUGAUUACUGGUGUUUGAUAGAUGUAGAUAUUGAUUUCUGGUGAUGGAGAUAUUGAUUGCUGGUGUUUGAUAGAUGGAGAUAUUGAUUACUGGUGUUUGAUAGAUGGAGAUAUUGAUUGCUGGUGAUUGAUAGAUGGAGAUAUUGAUUACUGGUCUUUGAUAGAUGGAGAUAUUGAUUGCUGGUGAUUGAUAGAUGGAGAUAUUGAUUGCUGGGGAUUGAUAGAUGGAGAUAUUUAUUACUGGUGAUUGAUAGAUGGAGUUAUUGAUUGCUGGUGAUUGAUAGAUGGAGAUAUUGAUUACUGGUCUUUGAUAGAUGGAGAUAUUGAUUGCUGGUGAUUGAUAGAUGGAGAUAUUGAUUGCUGGGGAUUGAUAUAUGGAGAUAUUUAUUACUGGUGAUUGAUAGAUGGAGUUAUUGAUUGCUGGUGAUUGAUAGAUGGAGAUAUUGAUUGCUGGUGAUUGAUAGAUGGUGAUAGAUUGUGAUAUUGAUUACUUGUGAUUGAUAAUGAUAUUGAUUACUGAUGAUUGAUGGUGAUAUUGAUUACUGGUGAUAGAUGGCGAUAUUGAUUACUGGUGAUAGAUGGCGAUAUUGAUUACUGGUGAUAGAUGGUGAUAUUGAUUACUGGUGAUAGAUGGUGAUAUUGAUUACUGGUGAUAGAGGGUGAUAUUGAUUACUGGUGAUAGAUGGUGAUAUUGAUUACUGGUGAUAGAGGGUGAUAUUGAUUACUGGUGAUAGAGGGUGAUAUUGAUUACUGGUGAUAGAGGGUGAUAUUGAUUACUGGUGAUAGAGGGUGAUAUUGAUUACUGGUGAUAGAGGGUGAUAUUGAUUACUGGUGAUUGGUGGAGAUAUUGAUUACUGGUGAUAGAUGGAUAUAUUGAUUACUGGUGAUAGAUGGUGCAGCUUGGGAGUGGAUUUCUUUAUACUAUCCCCCUCUCCUGUCACGUCAUCUCUUCCUCCCUCCUUUCCUCUCCUCUCACCUUCCUUCUCUCCAUCCCUCUCUUGCCCACAGAGUGAGACCUUGUCUGGUAGACAGGGGGGCUGAGUGUGAUAAACUGUUUCCAAAGUGGGCUCACUCAGUGAGAGAUGAGGCGGGGGUUUGAGUGACAGUUAUGGGGUCUAGGGGGCCGUCUUGUUAACCCCCCCACUGCUUAGCAAUGUGAUGUUUCUGUAGAGAGACAGCCUCUCUGAACCUGGAGAAAAGAGCCUUCACUGGACUGGAACCCCAAACUAACCCACGCCCGUCCUGACUUGGGUCUCACAGGGAAACGUUUAUACUCCCAACCCCAUCAAAUCCCCUCUCUUAUACAGUACACACAAACACACGCACACAGGCCUCUUGCUCUCUACAUCAGCCAAGUGCUCUGGGUCAACAGGACCUGUUUUCUCUGCUCCAUCUCGACCUCACGGAGCCAGAUAAACAACCAGGAAGAGAUGGACCCCUCACAUGGUCCUACGGUAAAGGGGCUACCCUGACCUGCGCCUGUCACACAGGGUCUUACGGUAAAGGGGCUGCCCUGACCUGUGCCUGUUACACAGGGUCCUACGGUAAAGGGGCUGCCCUGACCUGUGCCUGUCACACAGGGUCCUAUGGUAAAGGGGCUGCCCUGACCUGUGCCUGUCACACAGGGUCCUACGGUAAUGGGGCUGCCCUGACCUGUGCCUGUCACACAGGGUCCUACAGUAAAGGGGCUGCCCUGACCUGUGCCUGUCACACAGGGUCCUACGGUAAAGGGGCUGCCCUGACCUCUGCCUGUCACACAUGGUCCUAUGGUAAAGGGGCUGCCCUGACCUGUGCCUGUCACACAGGGUCCUACGGUAAAGGGGCUGCCCUGACCUGUGCCAGUCACACAGGGUCCUACGGUAAAGAGGCUACCCCAUUGACUUCGAUAGACAUCACAUCAUAUUAUCUGUCCCAUUAUGGCAUCUGUUAGAGCAUGGGCACCACCAUUGAGGCCAUCUCCAUUUUGAAGUAGUCCAUUUUCUUCUUCUAGUACUUUUAUAAGUUGGUAAACACUAGAGUCCUCUAUCUAUUUCUAUGGGCUGCUCUGACCUGUGCCUUUUCACAAACACGUUGUCAAACAGCAUUCCUAAGCUUCUCAGCUAGGGGGUUCCCUUCCCGGACUCUCUGACAACUUCAUUUCAUUAACAACCCCUGGAUUUAAUGACUGAAAUUAUCUCAUGUUUUUUCUGGAGCAUACAAACAUUUAGCUGCCGAGAAGCGUGUCGUGUGGCACGGUGCCUUACAGAGGAGCAUGUGUCAGAGUGGGUCCCCCUGAAUGUGUCAACACCUCAACUAGCACCAGUCUGAUACUGAAUGGGGUUUAUUGGGGGAGAGCUGUUUUCCUAGCUUUACGCUUACAUGUUGUUGAGUGAGGUGAGAUGUGAGGUGUUUUUCCAGUGCUGUCCCUCUCCACUGACUGCUGUCUUUGUGCCCUGGGUUCCUACAGGCACUGCCUGGACGCCCGAGACCCCUACUGUGGCUGGGACCGUAAGCAGAAGCGCUGCACCACCAUCGAGGAUAGCUCCAACAUGAGCCAGUGGAGCCAGAAUAUCACUGAGUGCCCAGUAAGGGUCACACACACCUCAUAUGUAACACACACACAAACACACACCUCUAUGUAACACACAGGUCAUUCGGAAAGUAUUCAGACCCCUUGACUUUUUCCAAAUGUUGUUACGUUACAGCCUUAUUCUAAGAUUGAUUAAAUAAAAACAUUUUCCUCAUCAAUCUACACACAAUACCCCAUAAUGACAACAUUUUCCAAAUGUAUUAAAAAUUAAAACAGAAAUACCUUAUUUACAUAAGUAUUCAGAUCCUUUGCUAUGAGACUCAAAAUAGAUCUCAGGCACAUCCUGUUUCCAUUGAUCAUCCUUGAUGUUUCUAUAACUUGAUUGGAGUCCACCUGUGGUAAAUUCAAUUGAUUGGACAUGAUUUGGAAAGGCACACACCUGUCUAUAUAAGGUCCCACAGUUGACAGUGCAUGUCAGAGCAAAAACGAAGCCAUGAGGUCGAAGGAAUUGUCCGUAGAGCACCGAGACAGGAUUGUGUCGAGGCACAGAUCUGGGGAAUGGUACCAAAACAUUUCUGCAGCAUUGAAGGUCCCCAAGAACACAGUGGCCUCCAAGUUUGUAACCACCAAGACUCUUCCUAGAGCUGGCCUCCCUGCCAAACUGAGCAAUCGGAGGAGAAGGGCCUUGGUCAGGGAGGUGACCAAGAACCCGAUGGUCACUCUGACAGAGCUCCAGAGUUCCUCUGUGGAGAUGGGAGAACCUUCUAGAAGGACAACCAUCUCUGCAACACUCCACCAAUCAGGCCUUUAUGGUAGAGUGGCAAGACGGAAGCCACUCCUCAGUAAAAGGCACAUGACAGCCUGCUUGGAGUUUGCCAAAAGGCACCUAAAGGACUCAGACCAUGAGAAACAAGAUUGUCUGGUCAGAUGAAACUAAGAUUGAACCUUUUGACGUCUGGAGGAAACCUGGCACCAUCCCUACGGUGAGGCAUGGUGGUGGCAGCAUCAUGCUGUGGGGAUGUUUUUCAGCGGCAGGGACUGGGAGAUUAGUCAGGAUCGAGGGAAAGACAGAGCUUGAGAGGAUCUGCAGAGAAGAAUGGGAGAAACUCCCCAAAGCUUGUAGCGUCAUACCCAAGAAUACUCAAGGCUGUAAUCGAUGCCAAAGGUUUUUCAACAAAGUACUGAAGUAAAGGGUCUGAAUACUUCUGUCAAUGUGAUAUUUCAGUUUUUUAUUUGUAAUACAUUUGCAAAAAUAAUAAAUAAAUAAAACGUUUUUGCUUUGUCAUUAUGGGGUAUUGUUUGUAGAUUGAUGAGGGGGAAAAAACCAUUUAAUCCAUUUUAGAAUAAGGCUGUAACAAAAUGUGGAAAAAGUCAAGGGGUCUGAAUACUUUCCGAAUGCACUGUACACACACACACACACUCUUUGUUUUCGUGAAAUGUCCGGACCUUUUGUAGUGUAAAAUAUUUGACCAUUAAAAAUCCUAUUUACCCUAACCCCUAAACCUAACACUAACCCUAAACCUUAACCCCAAAACCCUAAAUCGAACCCUUAAGCUUAAAAUAGCAUUUGAACAAAUUUAGGACCUGAAAAAAAGUCCUGACAAAAAAGAAAGUCAGGACAUUCAGGUGAAAUGUUAGGACUUUGGGGUCCUGAUAAUUUAGGGGGAAAAACAUGCACACACACAUAUACACACACACAGCAGACAGACUCACACAGACAGACACACUCAUUCACUUUCCCCACACACCUUCCCCUCUCGCCUACCACUUUUUCCCAUUAGCCACCAUUCUGACCCCAUUUCUGAUUGGUCUCUUCUGAUUCUGAACUCCCGCCCGCUCACAGGUACGGAACCUGACCCAGGACGGCGGCUUCAGCCCCUGGACGCCAUGGCAACCCUGUAACCACGACGACGGGGAGGGUGCCAGCACCAGUUGUGCGUGUCGCUCACGCUCCUGUAACAGUCCGGUCCCUCAGUGUGGAGGCUCCAACUGCAAGGGCCCCACUAUCCAGGUGGCCAACUGUUCCAGGUACUGUAGAGAAAGAAUAGGGGGAAGCUAUAGUCUACUAUUCAUUAUUCAGCACCAAACAUCUCAACAGUUACUGGAAUAGUCAUGACAGUCAGCAGAGCAUGUUUCCUGGAGUACAGAACGUUUUGGGGGGAUUAUCAAGUCCCACAUUUGGGCACCUGAUUCCUGUUUCUUUGUUCAAAUUGGGCUGACGUGCAUUUGAGUCCGCUUUCAUUCUAUGUUUCCAGCAUGUUAACAAACUGUCAGUAUAUUUGAUGAGAAGGUAUUGUACAUGUUGAUGGAUCUCUGGACAAAGACGAGUAGUAGUAUGAGACUUCAGACCAGCCGCAGCAGCACAGUCCAAUACUGAUAUAAAUGUAAAUGAGAUGCAUACUACCUUGCAUCUACCAGAAAGUGUUGUCAUGUUCUUAGAUGGAACUCAAGGACACCCAUCCCCUCUAGUAAUAGAGGUUUCCCUCAUUAGGCAAAAGUAAUUGGAUUUAUCUAGAGUGAGUUGAAAACCAAAUGACUGUCACCUCUCAGUAUAGCACAUCUCUAUUUGUGUAUGUGUGUGUGGUUUUACUAUCCAGGUGGGGACCAGAACUCCUCACAAGGAUAGUAAAACAGGGACAAUUCUGACAAGUGGGGACAUUUUGCCGGUCCCCACAAGGAAAAAGCCAAUUUUAGACUUAGGGCUUAGGUUUAGGGUUAGAAUUAGGGUUAGGGGUUAGGUUUAGGGUUAGGGUUAGGAGAUAGGGUCAGGGUUAAGGUUAGGGUUAGGAGAUAUGGUCAGGGUUAAGGUUAGGGUUAGGUUAAGGGUUUGAGGUUAGGGAAAAUAUGACUUUGAAUGGGAAUCAAUAGUAUUUUUCCCACAAGGAUAGUGAAACAAACUAUUGUGUCUGUGUCUGUGUGUCUGUGUGUCAAAUCACAUCACAUUUCAUUUGUCACAUACACGUGUUUAGCAGAUGUUAUCGCGGAUGUAGCGAAAUGCUUGUGUUUCUAGCUCCGACAGUGCAGUAACUUCUAACAAGGAAUAUCAAACAAUUUCACAACAUAUACCCAAUACACACAAAUCUAAGUAAGGAAUGGAAUUAAGAAUGUAUACAUAUAUGGACGAGCGAUGUGUGUGAGCAUGCUUACGUACGUUGAGUGUGUGUGUGUGUGUGCUAUUAGAGAGAUUACGAUCUUUACUGGUGGCUUCCUGAUGUCUACUUCACUGUGUUCCUAUGCAGGAGAGAGACAGAGGUGCUGAAAUGAAAUGCUCUUUUACAGGAAGCACCAAUUUAAUUAGAAGGGAAGCUCCAUCGGCCUGAAGCACUUAAACAAAUUGGGGGAUGUUUUUAAUGCCUCGGCCCAGUCAGCUUCCCAGACAAGCACACGUAGACUGAAGCUCAGCAAUGUUUGUUCUGUUCUUCUGCUUUCAGAGGGUUUACAAUAGAAGAUGACAGAGGGACUAGAAGAUGACAGAGGGACUAUUUUUCUUAGUGAUUAACUAGGCUAUUAGAGUUUUGGGUGAAUCUGCGUGUCUUACCAGUUGUUCUGAGUCUCUCUCUCUCUCUCUCUUUCUCUCUCUUUCUCUCUCUCUCUCUUUCUCUCUCGCUCUCUCGCUCUCCUCUAGGAACGGAGACUGGACCCCCUGGUCCUCCUGGGGUCAGUGCAGCACCAGCUGUGGCAUCGGGUUCGAGGUGCGCCAGCGUUCCUGCAACAACCCUUCACCCCGGCACGGGGGGCGUGUCUGUGUGGGACAAGGCCGAGACGAGAGGUGAGAAAGAGGGACUCAAUGCAGUACAUUCAGUCAGGUUUACAUUCAGUCAGGUUUACAUACAGUCACGUUUACAUUCAGUCAGGUUUACAUUCAGUCAGGUCAGGCUUACAUACAGUCAGGUUUAUAUACAGUCAGGUUUACAUUCAAUCAGGCUUACAUUCAGUCAGGUGUAUAUACAUUCAGUCAGGUUUUUCUCCCCAUCUUGCAUCAUAUGCUUAGUGACAGAUGAGAUUUGUGUAUUGAGUAACCUUGCUGAAGACUUAUGUUAGUUCCCCGAGCUAAUGCCCUCAGCUUUAGCUCAGCAGGUUAACACAGUUUUGUGGCUUGCAGGAGACCCUGGUUCAGCGUCGCAAAGCCCUUUGAAAUGGUGCACAUAUUGUAAAGCAGUGGUUCACCUUCUCUUACAGAGACCACCAAGCAGAAAGAGUACAACUGUAUGUUUACUGUGUGUGUGUGUGUGUGUGUGUGUGUGUGUGCAGGCUGUGCAAUGAGAAGAGCCCGUGCCCGCUGCCUGUGUUCUGGUCUUCUUGGGGCUCCUGGUCUAAGUGCAGUGCAGAGUGUGGAGGAGGGGUCCACUCCCGAGUCAGGAGCUGUGAGAAGGGGAACACCUGCCCAGGAUGUGCUCUGGUACGGUAAACACACACACACAGACACACACCCUCAUACUGCACCCCAAAGGCAUUCUUUACUACAUCUCUCUCACAGAUAAACACCCUUGUUUGAUCUAGUGAAUGGCAUCUUUCAUUAUUCAUUUAUCAUAGUCUGAAGAUGAACAGUCAGGUUGAAACUGACAUAUCCACUCUCCUUUCCCUAAAACACUCCCUCCCUUAGGAGUACAAGACCUGUAACCUGGAGGCGUGUCCGGAGGUCCGCCGCAACACUCCCUGGACCCCCUGGAUGCCGGUGAAUGUGACCCAGGACGGGGCCCGCCAGGAGCAGAGGGCCCGCUACACCUGCAGGGCCCUCCUUCCAGACCCUCGUCAGCUGCAGCUGGGCAAGAAGAAGGUGGAGACCCGCGUCUGCCCCAACGACGGCACCGCCACCUGUGAGACUGAGCGUAAGUCUGAGGGCCGACCCACUCAUACACAUAUACUCGACAUGCAUCUACACACUUUCUCCAUACAGCUUUCCUCUCCCCUGUCCAGGCAGACAGGCAGACAGGCAGACAGGCAGGAAAGCCUGCUAAGCCUGAUGUUAUGCAGUGGGCUCAGGUUUUUAAACGGCCAGCUGGGAUGACCCAUGCUGUGCUCACUGGAGCGGGAUGAUCUGGGCGGUCGUACCCAGUGACAGGCUACCCGGGUUGGGGUCGGUGUCACAGUCCACAGCCUCUCAUUGAUUUAAAGGUCAGACAGGCAGGCAGAAUGCCUCUGUUGCUGACAGUAACUAGAGGGGGGAGAAGUGUGUGUGUGUGUGUGUGUGCAUAUUUAAGACAGGCUCCAUGUGAAGCAAGGCAGAUAGAGAGGAUGUGUUUGCGUCGACUUGCAGAGAGCAGAGCAACCGUGUGGUCACCAGGUCUAAACACCAUGUCACAGGCUGCCACCGGGUCUAAACACCAUGUCACAGGCUGUCACCAGGUCUAAACACCAUGUCACAGGCUGUCACCGGGUCUAAACACCAUGUCACAGGCUGUCACCGGGCCUAAACACCAUGUCACAGGCUGUUACCGGGCCUAAACACCAUGUCACAGGCUGUCACCAGUUCUAAACACCAUGUCACAGGCUGUCACCAGUUCUAAACACCAUGUCACAGGCUGUCACCGGGCCUAAACACCAUGUCACAGGCUGUUACCGGGCCUAAACACCAUGUCACAGAGGCCUUGUCUAAACUCAAGAGGAGACAUCUGGCCUCACGGUAACAAGUAACAAGGUCCUUAUGAAAUAUUACUGCUGCCCUGGUUUCAAACCACACAGACAGAAAAUAAAAAGCUUUUAAUUAAUUAUUGAAGUAAUUUCCAUAAUUUAGAUGAUGUGUUGCUUCUUUUUCCUUUUCAAAGAGUUCAUCUGGAAGCCAUUAACCCAGAUCUUACUCCACAGUUGAAUGUUUGGCCUAGAUUCUAACUGCACUGGUUACUGUCAGAUCAUGUAAUGAGGACGGAAGCCUCUACACUCCUAGAACCAUCACAUUUUCAGUUAUUUCAUUGCCAAGCUUUAGGUCACAGAAGACCAUUGUUUAUCAGAGCUGUUCUCUAUUUCCUACCAUACCAUUAGCAAAACAACAUCUUUUUGACUUUGAGAAGUAAAAAUAAUAUUGUAAAUCACAUUUUGUAUUGUAAUGUCUCGUGUAUGAGUGUCUCUGUGUCUCUGUGUGGUUCAGCUCUGGUUGAAGACUUGGUCAGGUCCAGUGGUGGUGACGGUAGCGGUCGACCUUUGUUCCGACAGCCAGGUGGCACCAGGUGGUCGCCGUGGGAGUCAUGGUCGACCUGCUCCCAGGAGUGUGCCAAAGGCUUCCGCACGCGCAAGCGCACCUGUGCCUCAGCUGAGGGUAAGAGCACGUCCAGUGCCUGUAGUGGAUCCCCAGUGGAGUACCAGGACUGCAACUCCCAGCCCUGCCCAGGUAAGACACCGACUAGUCACGUGCUACAGUACAUCUGCUCAAAUACUGUACUGACCGAUUAACUUAACGGGCAGUGUAGAACCGAGACUGGGAUUCCUUCAAAGCCGACAAUAGCCUUUUAAAGGCAAUUUCCCCCACGUUCUUGGAGAUCGCAUUCAUGGUAAAUGCUGCGGAUGUCGGCUUAAGCGUAAAUUGCCUUUAAAAGUCUGUAGUGAAAAAUAAACAAGUCUAAAAAUAAUGAAUAAAAUGUUUUGUUUUCAUGUGCUGAAAAUAUGUUUUAAAAAACUCAGCAUCUGAAUAAAUAGGUACACUCGUUGGCCAAAUGGAUUGGGCUAAAUUGAAAUGUUUCUUACAGAAGAAACAUGGAAAGCAUAUGCAUAACCAUGGUAGCAAUUAAAAGGGAACAAUUUGAAGAUUAUGAGAAAAUGAUUAGACUAAAGUUGAGGACACAACAGUUCACCUGACACAAGAAUUAAUCUAAACAUUCCACUGUUGACUUUAUAUGCAUUUUACAUUUACUGUACUUUUUGCCGCAUUUGUUGAUAAAGAAAUCUGAAAAUACUCUGGAUACAUUCAGUAACAUAAGAAUAUUCUUGGAAAUGUUGGGGUAGGUGCAACAUAAGACAAAUAAAUGACAAGGGUUUGAGUGAGAGGUCUAACUGGUGUUUCCAAGGGGCCACACACCUCUCCAAAGUGUGGACAGUUCCUAAGUCAUUCAAUGCACUUUUAUGACUCAAGAGUCUUCAACUAUAAGGUGAUUUUUUUAGCUCUCCUAGCUGUGUCGUUGAGGAACUAGAGCAGCACACUGGUAGUUGUUUUGUUUGGAACACAACCCUGCAUCCCCGCCUUUACACAAUUACUGUAGUUGUUUUGUUUGGAACACAACCCUGCAUCCCCGCCUUUACACAAUUACUGUAGUUGUUUUGUUUGGAACACAACCCUGCAUCCCGCCUUUACACAAUUACUGUUGUUGUUUUGUUUGGAACACAACCCUGCAUCCCCGCCUUUACACAAUUACUGUAGUUGUUUUGUUUGGAACACAACCCUGCAUCCCGCCUUUACACAAUUACUGUUGUUGUUUUGUUUGGAACACAACCCUGCAUCCCCGCCUUUACACAAUUACUGUAGUUGUUUUGUUUGGAACACAACCCUGCAUCCCGCCUUUACACAAUUACUGUAGUUGUUUUGUUUGGAACACAACCCUGCAUCCCGCCUUUACACAAUUACUGUAGUUGUUUUGUUUGGAACACAACCCUGCAUCCCGCCUUUACACAAUUACUGUAGUUGUUUUGUUUGGAACACAACCCUGCAUCCCGCCUUUACACAAUUACUGUUGUUGUUUUGUUUGGAACACAACCCUGCAUCCCCGCCUUUACACAAUUACUGUAGUUGUUUACACAUUCCAAAAAUGGUCCAUUAUAAAUCCCAAUCUGGGUCAGGUGGGCAUCAUUUGAAAGCUUGUUCUACUGCCAACAUGAAUAGCUAAAUUAUAAAAUAAGUUAGGUUUUCACAAGGCAAUUCAGAGAAGCAGAUUUUAAUUUUUGUCACGCUCGUUGAUAGACGGAUCAGACCAAGGUGCAGCGUGGUAUGCGUACAUAUUCCUUUAUUAACUGAAUACAGAAUCAAAACAACAAAAUACAAACAAACGUGAAGUUCAACAGGCUACACAAGCCAAAACAGAAACAAGAUCCCACAACUAAGGUAGGCAAAAUGGCUGCCUAAGUAUGAUCCCCAAUCAGAGACAACGAUAGACAGUUGCCUCUGAUUGGGAACCACACCCGGCCAACAUAGAAAUAGAACAUCUAGAAUUUCACACCCUGACCAAACCAACUAGAGAAAAACAAGGCUCUCAAGGUCAGGGCGUGACAAUUUUGGUGCGCAUAAAAUGGAGUCAUGAAUGCAUUCUGCUGCGUGGUCCGCGGCAAUUUCUUUUCACAAUACAAUAAACGUAGGCUCAUUCUGUUCAGGACAACCCAGGGUAUAACGCCAUGUCAUCUUGUAACUAACUGUACAUCAAACCUAGUGAUCAUAAACGUUGACACUGUAUAUGACAUGAGUUUUAUGAUAUGGAAAUGUGAAGUGGGCAUUUGGAGUCCCGGGUGUUUGACUUGCUUGUAUGACAUCAAAGCGGUAUUUAUUAUAAUCCUCAACGUCUCAUCUUUCAAAAUAUAUCGAGUCCUCGUAAUUUACAGCAUUUCCCUCAUUCAGACAACAAAACAUUUGCAGAAGUUGCCCAGUUAGCGGGAGGGAUGGGGGAAACUUUUUGUUGCGCGCGGUGCUUAAGCUCAGAACGGCUGUCAGUCAAAACCCAUACAGAGCUGUGAAGAGCAGAGCCAGAGCUGUAUAGCAUGUUACUGUACAGCCACUGUGUUCAAAUGUAGCCGCUUAUCAGUGUCCAAAUCAGACAUUUUCAACCCGUAUACAAGUACGAGUGUAAAGGGCUACAAGAAAUUCAUGUAAUUACGCAUUUUAUAUUUUCUAUGAAAGUUUGACGCAUAUGUUUGUGUCCAGUGAAAGGAGCCUGGUCGUGCUGGGCGUCAUGGUCUCACUGCUCUGCCACCUGUGGAGGUGGGCACUACCAGCGAACACGUACCUGUAGCAACCCUGCCCCCGCCAAUGGAGGUGACAUCUGCAUCGGCCUGCACACUGAAGAGGCCCUGUGCAACACACACACCUGUGAAGGUAUGCAGAAUGAACAGAUUCACAGAUGACAGAUAGGCAGCAGAUACACAACAUUCAGUCAUAUCCUGCACAGAUCACAGAUACACAUAUUUGCAGCAUUCGUUCAUACAAAUAUUGUUUUUAAAAUGUUGAGCAUUCAAAAUAACUCAUUUAAAUGAUGGGGCAUAAGUCAUGUUAAGGUUAUUUAGCUGCUAUGUGGUAUUGAGUUCACUGUGGCUUUACUUUGACUUAUAGUAGCACAACAACUCAUCAUCCUCUCUUCCUCCCCUCUCUCCGUCCACCCUCUCCUCUCUCUCCUCCAACUCCCUCCACUCCUCCCCUGUUCCUCCAGGUGGCUGGCUGGUGUGGUCAGAGUGGAGGGAGUGUGAUGAGGAGGGGCUGCAGCAUCGCAGCAGGGAGUGUGGGGAACGGGAGGCAGACCCCAGCCUGUGUCAGGGCAAUGCCACCACGAGCAGGCCCUGUCAGUCCCGCGAGGUGCCAGGUCAGUCCCCAACAUUUUAAAUGCACGGCUAAAUAGCCAGCUGACAAAGUCGAAAAUGAACUAUUCAAAUUCAAAAAUGAACUAUCACUUUAUGGGCAGUGCUUGUUUGGUUUUGCUGCAGAAAGCGGGGAGCUUUGACUCUAUUGGAUGGUUGAAUUGUGCAUUGCAGUAACAGUCUCUCUCUCUCUCUCUCUCUCUCUCUCUCUCUCUCUCUCUCUCUCUCUCUCUCUCUCUCUCUCUCUCUCUCGCUCUCUCUCUCUCUCUCUCUCUCUCUCUCUCUCUCUGUUUCUUCCUAUUUCUCUCCUUUCUCUUUAUCUCUCUUUCUAUUUUUCUCUGCAGUCGUUCUGCCUGGACAGGAUAACGACCAGCGCUGUGGGGGUAAGUGAAUUACGAGCUUCCUCCCUCCUCCUCACCAUCCCAGUGGGGGGUAACAGGGACCCCCAAGGACAUGGAGCAUGCCUCUCGUCACCCCUUCCUCCCCCUCUUCCGCUCCCUCUCCUCUUGUUUUACCCCCUGCCCACUCCCGUUGCAUCACAAAUUAAUCAAUGCCACCCUGAUUACACACAAAGCUAUCAUUCCUAAAACCUUUAGGCCUAGAUUCAAUCAGAUCAAGCGUUAACCGGCGAUAGCCGACACCCGCAGCUGAUGUUUUGGCGGUGUCGGAGGUGUAACUGUGUUGGAGCUGUCAAAUCGGUGAGCAGCUGCUCUUGAUCAUUGUCACGAAGCCACACCCGUCCCACUCGCGUUAGAAGGUCAGAACGAGAAAGUGUAGGCUAUAUAGAAAUAAUUACGCUCAAAUGGAAAAUCAUUCAACUAAAUAAUGAGGAUUUCUAUCAGCCUAAUCGAGGUGUAGAUUACAUCUCACAUUCCAAUAUUCAAACUUGUGAACAAGGCUGCAUGGGAUUUCUGUUAAUGCGACUCCGUUCAGCCAAUGACAAUGUCCGCUUUAGGUAUAAUGCCAGGAGCCGCUUGUGGAUCUGACAGCUCUACUGCAGUUCCACCACCGACACCCCCAAAACAACCGCUAUGCGGAUGUAGGCUAAAGCGGAUCUGUUUGAAUAGAGCCCUAAAGCCUUGUUCACAUUGGCAGUUUGAAGUGAUUAAAAUAAAAUAUAAAUUGCAUAUCUGAUCCGAAUCUGUUAUUUUUCCUGCAGUCUGAACAGCCAGAAAGUACAUGGAAUCAGAUAUUUCAAGCCAUAUUUCAAACCACCUUUGUAGGUGGUUUGCAAUCAGAUAAAAAUCUGAUUCCUGGCUGCGCAACUUGUGUCUGAAUGGUCAAAUCUUAUUUAUUUGCCCUCAAGUGGUUUUUAGACUGUUAUUUGGCAUAUAAUGUUGCUUACUAGCUAGUGGGUUGACAAUUUUGACAAGAACGUGUGGUAGCUAAUUAGUUUGUUAAUUGUUUAAGAAAAAAUUACUGAAUGUGCUAGAAAGCUAAACAGCUACUUAGCUAGCUAGUUGACUGGUGUGGCUAGCCAAAAAUGACUAGUUUUGAAACUUGGAUCAUCUUAUCCUUUGAGGCUUAAAAAGGGUUCUUACACUAUGAUUUUGAACAUUCAAAACAACUGGGAGGCAUUGUUGUCACCUUAGCUUGCUACAUAACUUCUGAGUGAUAGGAAGCACAAGCACCACCACCACCAAUCAGCCUACACCACUGCGCAAACACCCAUUGUUACUAUGACAACUAGCAUAGCCAUGUCAGCAGAUAACUGCUAUCUGAACACACACAAAUCCGAUUUGGUCAAUUGUAACUUGCUGUUUGGACAGUCAGUAUUCCAAAACGGAUUUGAAAAACCAAACUGAUUUGAACAUUAAGGCCUGCAGUGUGGCCAUUUUAGCUGAUCCUCUCAUGACAAAGAAAUUAUGGAGCUAUUGCACUGUUGCUAGUAGACCUGGGUUCAAAUACUGUUUGUAAUCUUUCAAAGACGUUUACUCUAGCAUGGCUGCAGUGCUAUAUGGCCGGAGUUUGCACUUUUAGAACUGUUCCAUUUAGCUAGGCAAGCUCAAUUAAGCACAGAUAAAGCUGUUUAACUGAUUUCGAAUAGUAUUUGAACCCAGGUCUGAACACUAGCUUAGCUGCACUUUGCCUUCAAAACAGGUUUGAACUCGCAAUUUUUGGGAACAAGACUACAUUGCCAAAGCAAACAUAUUGGAACAUAUUAAAUCAAUGAUGAUGGAGUAAAUAAUAACAAUAAUAUUCAAACUGUCUCUCUUUCUCUCUCCUCCUACCAGCCUUCUCUCUGUUCCACCUGAUGGCCACGGGAGCGUUGUGUUUCUUUGCGGCGGUGGGGCUGUCGGUCCUGGUCUAUGCCUACUGCCAGCGACUCCACAAGCCCUCCCAGGACUCAGCCGUCAUCCACCCCACCACGCCCAACCACCUCAGCUAUAAGGGCAACACCACGCCAAAGAAUGAGAAGUACACCCCCAUGGAGUUCAAGGUAGAGUAUUCCACUCUUUCUACCCCCCCCCCCCCCCCCCUCCCCCAAACAUAGGGAAUGGAAUGAUCCGCUAGGGCAGAAUCAGACCUGCAGGUUCAGAUAGAUAACAUUUGUUUUCUUUCAAAUACUUUGAGCUUUUAAUUAAAUCUGCCUGGAGUGCCAGAUGGGUUUCAUUGCACCAGGCAAGCCCAAUCAAGCACAGAUGAAGAAUUUGAAAUAAAGUAAAUACUAUUUGAAUGUAGGUCUGCUUCAAAUACCAAAUAUCAGACCUCAAAUGCUCGGGUCAUUGUAGUCCUUGCUUGUCUGAUUUAGUCUAUUUUGCUCUUUGGUAGAAUGGCAGAGAGAGAGCAGCAAGAGAGAGCAGCAAGAGAGAGCAGCAAGAGAGAGCAGAGAGAGAAAGCAGAGAGAUAGCAGAGAGAGAGAGAGAGCAGAAAGAGAGCAGAGAGAGAGCAGAGAGAUAGCAGAGAGAUAGCAGCCUGUAGCUAUAGCUGUGUCCGUUCGUCCCGCCCUUGUGAUGUCCCAGUGAUGUACUGUCUGUUUGCCUCCCACUCUUUAUUAAUGUGUUCAUUAGCCUGUUAACCUAUCAGAAAGGAGGGCAAGACUCUCACAGCUGUGUUUGAUUAAUCGAGCCAUUACCUGAAUUAAUUAGCUCACGUCUGCUCUCUGGCUGUGUCCUCACACACACACACACACACACACACAAACACACACGCACGCACACAAACACUCCCUUAUGUCCUUCCUGUGUCAUCUGCUGCCUCUCGCCAUGGUUACCAGCGAUUGACACCAUGGUCUGUCUGUCUGAGACCCCCAAAAGGGAUCGUUAGUCCAUCUGUGUGUGAUUGAUCGUGUCUGCUUGUUGAUACAGUUUGAUGUAUUAUAAUAUCUGUGUGUGAUUGAUCGGGUCUGUGUGUCAUGAUACAGUAUGAGGUAACUGUGGGAGAGAAUCUCAGUUGCAUACUCCUUGUGUCCUCUCCUCACCUCCUUCUCAAGACCCAAAGCCAGAGGUCCCUCCCCUUUGACCUUCUCCUCCAAUGGGUUUUGAGGAGGAGGCGAGGAGGGAGAUUCUCCCUGUGUGUUAGUGGGCGGUACAGUGGGGCGAUGCAGGGAAGUGAAACUGGAAACAAAAAUGAGCUUUCUCAUUGGACGAGAUCAGAUAGCGCCUCUUGCCUUUUGAAACCUUUUCUUCCAUGUUGCACCUACUGAACACCCCCUGUUCUGUUCCCUUCUGUCUUCCACAGACACUGAACAAGAACAACCUUCUCCCGGACGAGAGCUGCAACUUCUUCCCCUCGCCCCUCUCGCCCCUCCCCUCCCUCCCCCAGAAUAAUGUGUACACCACCACCUACUACCCUGCACCCCUGGGUAAAUACGACCACCCCUUCCACCCCGACUCGCCUUGCAGGAACUAUAUGCACCACAGUUGA